CUGCCCCAGCCUGCCCCAUCCCGACCACCAUGGAGCGUUGGCUUUGCCCGUCGGGCGGCGCCUGGCUGCUCGUGGCAGCCCGUGCGCUGCUGCAGCUGCUGCGCGCAGACCUGCGUCUGGACCGCCCGCUGUUGGCGGCGCUGGUGCUGCUGGCUACCCUCGACUGGCUGUGCCAGCGCCUGCUGCCCCCGCUGGCCGCACUCGCCGUGGUGGCUGCCGCCGGCUGGAUCGCGUUGUCCUGCUUGGCGCGCCAGCCGCGCCUGCCUGUGGCCACUCGCGCGGUGCUCAUCACCGGCUGUGAUUCUGGUUUUGGCAAGGAGGCGGCCAAGAAGCUAGAUGCCAUGGGUUUCACGGUGCUGGCCACUGUGUUGGACUUGGAUGGCCCUGGCGCCCUAGAGCUGCGUGCCUGCUGUUCCCCUCACCUAAAGCUGCUGCAGAUGGACCUGACCAAGCCAGCUGACAUUAGCCAUGCACUAGAGUUCACCAAGGCCCAUACCACCAGCACAGGCUUGUGGGGCCUGGUCAACAAUGCAGGCGUCAAUGAUGUAGUGGCCGAUGCUGAGCUGUCUCCAGUGGCCACGUUCCGCAGCUGCAUGGAGGUGAAUUUCUUUGGCACACUGCAGCUGACCAAGGGCCUCUUGCCACUUUUGCGCCAUUCAAGUGGUCGCAUCGUGACUGUGGGCAGCCCAGCAGGAGACAUGCCAUAUCCAUGCUUGGCUGCCUAUGGGACCUCUAAAGCGGCCAUAUUGCUACUCAUGGACGUAUUCGACUGUGAACUUCUACCCUGGGGGGUCAAGGUCAGCGUCAUCCAGCCUGGCUGCUUCAAGACAGGUGAAAGUGUGCAAAAUGUGAGCCACUGGGAGCGACGCAAGCACCUGCUCCUUGCCAACCUGCCGCAAGAGCUGCUGCAGGCCUAUGGCGAGGACUAUGUCGAGCACUCGCACAGGCAGUUCCUGCAUUCGCUGAGCCUGGCACUGCCCGAUCUCAACCCAGUUGUAGAUGCCAUCAUUGAUGCACUGCUGGCAGCACAGCCACGCCGCCGCUAUUACCCGGGCCGUGGCCUGGGGCUCAUGUAUUUCAUCCACCAUUACCUUCCUGAGGGCCUGCGGCGCCGCUUCCUGCAGACCUUCUUCAUCAGUCCCUGUCUGCCAAGAGCACUGUGGCCUGGCCAACCCAGCCGUACCCCUACCCAGGAUGCAGUCCAGGACCCAGACCCAAACCUGGGCCCUUCCCCCAUGGAAGCCCAAUGAGCAGUAUGCACAUAUGGUCUAGCUGCUCCGGGAGGUCCCAUGAGCCCUUGGACCUCCCCUGGGCACUGCAACCCCCAAGUCUGCCCUAGAGCCUGUCCUAAAGGACCCCAGCCCAUCCACUGCCAGGUCUGGUGAGGCUGUGGCUUCUCAGUGAACCUCCAGUCUUCUCUACUGCUUCAAGAGCCUAAAUAGACCCUCCGGGACAGCUUGGAGAACCCAGGUAGAUGGAGAGUUUAGUGUAAGCUGUAGCUGUAGCCUUUGACAGGAUCCCGCAGAUAGUACCUCUGCAAACUAAAGAGGGCCAGGUGGGUUGGGGAUCCCCUCAGGAUUACUUCUCAGCACUAGAGCCUCAGUGCUGUGAGUCAUAAGGUGAAUCCCAACUGUUUCUUGACUGGCUCAAGAAUUAGGACCCCAACCACCCACCCUAAGCCCUCCAAGCCACAGGGAGCCUGCAUACCCUACUUGCCUGAUUGCCAUUUUUAAAAUAAAGACAUUUUUAUUUCUUCUAGAACGGAGAUGCUGUGUUUGGAGGUGACAGGCUGUGGCUAUUGUGAUGUAUCAGGAACUGCCUGGGGAAUGUCUAGAGCUCAGCAUGGGGGCCGAAGCUCUGGGCACAGGCUCUGUGGUUCACACCUACCCCCUUCAUUGACUUUGGGCAGACCAUAGGUUUGGGUUUCCAUCAGAGUGAAAUGGGGGUGAAGAUCCCUGGCCCAGGGAGUGGUGGGGCUCAAUGAAGCAAAUAGGGAAAACAGGGAGGCCU